CCGCGCCCCCAUCCUGUUAAAUCUUCUUAACGAUUUAUUUAGUGGUCCUUCCUCCUGAGACUGUAUCCUGUUCAAGAACGCAAUGAAUGAAGAGCACUUUUUGAGUCCCUGCCGGUGAAAUGUCCAGUGCUCACAAUGUGUCGGUCUGUCCACCUGUCUGGGAAGAAUUGAGACUAUUGUUAAAUAAAUUAAAGUAAAUAAAUAAGUAAAAAUAGAUGAAAAUAAAUAAAGACUGAGCGCAUCAUGGAGUUCCUCCCAUAGGCUGACACGCAUUCGCCUGUGUGCAAUGAUCCUAAAUCGUCAAACCAGCAUCGCCGCUUUGUCAUCGAAUAACGCUGCCGGACAUCAAAUGUCGCUGCCAUAAGGUUUCCUGCGCCUAAAGCUCACUCAGUGUAAGGAAAAUUGAGAAAGAUGAUAUUGUUUCGUAAAUUCCGAGUGCUGAUACUGAUGGUGUUCUUGGUAGCCUGCACCAUGCACAUCAUGAUAGACUUGUUACCAAAACUGGAGAAGCGGGCGGUGGGAGCGGACGGCGGGGACGGCGGCUGCCAGUGCGCUCAUCACCCGGGCGGGGAGUCGCAGGGCUGGGGCAAGCAGCGCGCCAGGUCGGCGGCUGAGGCGGGCUGGCCUAACAAGCACACGCUGAGAAUCUUGCAGGAUUUCAGCAACGAGCCGAGCUCCAACCUCACAUCCCAUUCCCUGGAAAAGAUCACCGCGGCCGGGGACAGAGCGGACUCCCUCAGGCGGGUGAGACAGUCGGCGGGGAAGGCGGAGGACCACAAGCCGCUCAUCGGAGACGCAGGCGGGGGUCGGACCGUCCCUGCCAACGGGGUUUCACGACUGGCUGCCCUGUUUGAGCAUCCCUUAUACAAGGUUGACCUUCCUCCGCUCACGGACGAAGACACUUUGUUUAACGUCAACACUGACAUCAGGUUUUAUCCCAGAGCAACAGGGAACCAAGGAUGGCACAAUGAGGACGGGAAAGAAGAGGAGGAGGAGUUCUCUCCAACGGGAGAGGUGACGGCAGAAUCGUACCCCAACUGGUUACGUUUCCACAUUGGGAUCAACCGUUAUGAGCUGUAUGCCAGACACAGUCCUGUGCUUGACGUCCUACUGAAGGACCUGGCCACACAGAGGAUCACUAGCGUGGCCAUGAAAUCGGGAGGCACUCAGCUGAAGCUGAUCAUGACUUUCCAGAACUAUGGACAAGCACUGUUCAAGCCCAUGAAGCAGACCCGGGAGCAGGAAACCCCUCCAGACUUCUUCUACUUCUCCGACUUUGAGAGGCACAACGCUGAGAUUGCUGCUUUUCACUUGGACAGGAUCCUUGACUUCCGACGAGUGCCCCCGGUGGCAGGACGACUUGUCAACAUGACGAGGGAGAUCAGAGAUGUGACACGCGAUAAGAAGCUGUGGAGGACCUUCUUCAUCUCACCAGCCAAUAAUGUCUGCUUCUAUGGUGAAUGCUCUUACUACUGCUCCACUGAGCAUGCUCUGUGCGGGAAACCAGACCAGAUUGAAGGCUCACUGGCAGCCUUCCUGCCAGACCUGAACCUGGCCAAACGCAAGACCUGGAGAAACCCCUGGAGACGCUCCUACCACAAACGCAAGAAAGCAGAGUGGGAAGUGGACCCAGAUUACUGUGACGAGGUGAAACAGACGCCCCCCUAUGACCGUGGCACUCGACUGCUGGACAUCAUGGACAUGACCAUCUUUGACUUCUUAAUGGGUAAUAUGGAUCGUCAUCAUUAUGAAACUUUUGAGAAGUUUGGAAACGAAACUUUCAUCAUUCACCUGGACAACGGAAGAGGGUUUGGAAAACACUCCCACGAUGAGCUGUCCAUCCUGGUGCCCCUCAGCCAGUGCUGCAGGGUGAAGAAGUCCACAUACCUGCGUCUUCAGCUGCUGGCCAAAGAGGACUACCAGCUGAGCUCCCUGAUGGAGGAGUCCCUGCUGCGUGAUCGACUGUCCCCUGUCCUCAUCCAGCCCCACCUCCAGGCCAUGGACCGCAGGCUCCGGCUGGUGCUACAGGUCCUCGCAGGCUGCGUAGAGAAAGAAGGCUACAGUAAUGUUGUGGAGGAGGAUUCGGUUGGGGACACAGCCACCCACAGGAGCCCAGGUCACAGGUAGUGAGGGCGAGGCUCUAGGGUGACGGGGACCACCAAUGACACAUGGACAGUUGACCACGUCUGUGGAUGUCUGACCAAUGGGAUUGGACCAGAAAUCUCACUUCUGAUAUCAAGCUGAAUUCAGUGAAUUCCAAGACUUGCCAUCAUUGCCUCUAUGGAACCUGCUUUUAAGUGUGUUUAUAGAAGAAACUGUCCACAGAUACAAUGAAAGACUGUGCUCACACAGAAGGCUUAGUAUUUGUUAGGUACAGAUGUAUUUUUGUUUUUCCAGAUGUUGUAUAAGACAUAAAGGAACCACUGCUGUGUUCUGAUUUUGUCCUGUUUGUUUUGCAUAUGGAGGGUAUCAGCUUGUUUUAUGUGUUUUAUUAUAUUAAUGCAUAACCAAAUGAGAGCUUACACUGACUGGGCAUCUUACGGUCAGACGAUAAACUUCAUCAGUUAUCACGGUGUAUUAAAAAGGUUAAGAAAGUGUGUGGAAGUUGCGAGAUAUUGAUCAUUCUGUAAAACAUGUUAGAAAAUAUAGCUUUCACCUUCUGCAGUCAACUACAUCAGCCGGAAAAUCUCAGUCAGGACUGGCACAAGCAACUUACAACCAGGAGAAAGAAAGGGUUUCCUAUUAGUGUGUUCGGUUUAUCUAUCUUCAUAAGCUUUUUGUCUUGGCACAUACUUGAAACAGACCAGUUGAAAAUGUUACUUUAGCAUAAAUCUGAGUUCAAGUAUAUUUCUUACUGUAGAUCAAACAGUACCUUCACUUUGCCUUAUUCCAAUUUACUAUCUCUCUUUUUUUUUCUUUCUUUUUUUCACUUUACCAUCUCCCCUGAAGGUUUUGCUUGUGCUACAUGCAGUACAACAGCACAACACUAAAGUAUUGUUUUCCAAACCAAAAAGACUCUAAAUGUAAAGACUGGAGCCCACACGGAUGUGCCGGCUAGUGCUUAUUAAAUGGUAUGUCGGUUCAUUCAAACGCACUGUCAUCCCUACCUGCAGAAUUGAAACAUUUAGACUUGUCUGCUAUGAUAUAAUUUACAAUUAUGCAAUGCAAAAUGUUAAAGUUUGUAUGUUGUUUGAUUUUAUUUGAUUUCAUGUCCAAAUGACUAUUUAUUGGGGUGUUACUAAGAGUGAAAAGAUGAAAUUCUAGGUUAUGGUUUUGCUUCAUGUUGCUUUAUACAUUGGGGAAUAUUUAGAAUUUGUCUACUAUUUAAAUUGACAUUCCUUUUGGUACUAUUUUUAUGUUCAGUUGAUAGAAAAACAACUAAGCUGUUUGAUUUUGGGACAGUAAUUUGUUGAAGUGGUGCCAGUGCAAUUUUCAGUUUCCUCCUAAGAGUCCUGUGUAUCGGCUAACCCAGUACCUGUGCAAUGACAGAAAUGGAGUACUUGAAUGUUUUUGGGUUGGCAGUACGGACAGGGUUCGUAGAGCUACAAACAGUGUAGGAGCCAGGCUCAAGUCUGCCUAGGGGGUGAUAAAGGAGUUAAAAUCCCUCGUCCCACCACAGGGAUAACCUCGGGCACAGUUCUUGGAUUUCCAUAUUCUCGGUGUAAAUACCUAUAAAUAGUUUGAGGACCUAAAAAGCUGCAUCGCACAGUGAUUUGCUUCUGUUUUCUGCUAUUGCAUUGUUACUGUGAAGAUCUGUUUACUAAAUAAUUAACGUGUGCAAUAAAAACUAAAGUGAGGACAAAACUCUCUGUCUGCAGGUGGGUGCAGGCGUAUGGGCCUUCCCCUUCUCGAUUUUAUGUAUGGGUGGAGGUGAAUAUGUGUCUUUGUUUGAGGGUUGAGGAAAAACAAUACACUAUACAAAAAUAAAGGGGGUCGAGGGUGAGUGAAAAACAUUUAACAUCUGUACAACUCAUCCAGCCAGUGGGCAACCUUAGAAUAACAUGAGAGAACCCAGCCUUCACCAUGAGCUUUACCCGUUAGCAUUUAAUAGCAUAAAUACAUGAACAAUACAUAGGCAGCCUCAAUCACACACACACACACACAAACAUAUUUCUCAUAAAAUGAAAGCAUCACACGGUAUGCAGUCUUUGAACACUAAAAAAAAACACAUUGAACUGAGAGGCGAGAAAGUUAGUCGAACCUUUCACUUUUAUUAGAUACCAAUUAUGAUUUCACAGGUCUAUAGCUACAGAUUGUGAUUGCUCUAUGAGCAAGGUCUCUCAUCUGACAUAUCACACAAAGUACAUCCAUUAGGCUCAAAGCUGAAUGUCUUCCAGCUGCUAACCACUAAGGCUGAGUCAGAUCCACAUGCACUCCUACGCAAACUGCACUUUGCAUGUUAAGCCAAUGGUUACUUGUCAUUACAGCACUCAAAUAUUCAUUUUUUGUCAUCUUUUAUUCCUAAAGGCCAAGACUACAUUUUAUUCUGUAACUGAUUUGAGCAUCAGCCUGUGUAAAGACACUUUGCUGCCAGUCUCUUUGUCAGUAUAAAUGCAGUAUAUAUCUUCUCAACCUCCCUGAUUUCCCUUUGAUGUGGGUCCAAGAAAUUGAAAGUACUGCAAAGCGCAACAAUGAAGGAUUGUAAAUAAGUAAUGCUUUCCCCAGAUAUACCUAUGUACAUCCUUGUAAUUUGAUGUCGCCU